AUGCCCGAAAUAAGCAACAAGGUUCCCAAGAGUCUCAUACUCAACGCGUUCGUUGAGAUGUGCAGUGGCCACCAGUCCCCCGGGCUAUGGAGGCACCCUGACGAUGAAUCCUGGAGAUUCAACGAUGUGCACCACUGGAUUGAGCUUGCAAAACUGCUAGAAGAAGCCAAAUUUCAUGGCAUCUUCAUUGCCGAUGUGUUAGGUAACAACCAACAAUGCUCCGUAUCAAGUAUUACCCUCAAGCCUGAUUUCCUUUUCCCAGGCGGAUACGACGUCUAUAAAGGCCCGCGAAAUCUCGAUCCCGCUAUCAUCUCUGGUGCGCAAUGGCCCGUAAAUGAGCCAUUGUCAGUGGUGCCAGCCAUGGCUGCAGCAACCAAGAAUCUCGGGUUUGGGGUGACGGUGGCGACGACUUACGAGCAGCCAUAUCAUCUGGCUAGGAGGUUGUCCACGGUAGAUCAUCUUUCCAGUGGGCGGAUCGGGUGGAAUAUUGUGACAGGAUAUCUCGAUUCGGCAGCGCGCAAUUUGGGACACGCGCAACAACCAGAACACGACGACAGAUAUGCGAUUGCAGAGGAAUAUGUCAGAGUCAACUACAAACUAUGGGAGUCAUCAUGGCGUGAUGAUGCCGUUGUCCGGGACCGUAAACGUGGAGUCUACACCGAGCCUUCUCGCGUUCGCCUCAUCAACCAUCAAGGUAAAUACUAUACCGUGCCUGGCCCUCACAUCUGUCAGCCAAGCCCCCAGCGCACACCCCUAAUCUUACAAGCCGGGACAUCGAAAGCCGGUAAGCUGUUCGCCGCACAGCAUGCUGAAGCCAUCUUCGUCGCCGGCCAUAGCCCAUCCGUCGUGGCGAAGAGCAUCGCUGAGAUUCGUGAGCUGGCCGAGACAAAAUUCGGUCGCGAUCCCCGUAGCUUGAAGUUUCUUGCCUUAUUCUGCCCUGUCAUAGGACGAACGCAAGAAGACGCUUUGAAAAAGUUUGCCGAAUACAGAGAGCUCGGGUCUCUUGAAGGAGCGCUGGCGCUUUUCGGUGGCUGGACUGGGAUCGACUUGAAUGAGUACGACGAAGACCAAGAAUUAAGACACGUGGAGAGCAAUGCUAUCAGAUCGGCUGUAGAGGGCUGGUCAAAGGCCUCGCCUGGGAUCCCAAAAUGGACCAAAACCACUGUCGCUCAACAUAUCACAGUGGGAGGCCUGGGUGCGACUUCUGUUGGCACUCCAGAGCAGAUCGCAGAUGAGCUAGAGAAAUGGGUAAUAGAGGCAGAUGUUGAUGGGUUCAACUUUGCUUACGCAGUCAAACCUGGCUCCUUUGUUGAUAUAAUAGAGCUUCUUAUUCCGGAACUGCGUAAUCGGGGUCUAUUCUGGAAUGAUUACGCAGUACAAGGAGGCACUUAUCGUGAAAACUUCUACGGGCAGAAAGGACAGACAGGCCCGCGUAACGAUCAUCCAGCUGCCAAGUAUCGGUGGAAGGCUGGUGUCGAUGCUACAGAGCAUGUGAUUCCCCAAUAG